AAAAAAAAAAAAAAACUAGGGGUUAAAUAAAGUAGUAAGAAAAUACAAGUUGACUACUUUUUUCUUUUUUUCUUUUAUCAAUAUAUACACAUAUUAUCAGAAUUAAUAUGGCUAACGUGGACCAAAUUAACUUUGUUUUACAUGAUUUGUUCAUUCAAAGCGUUAAGGAACUUUUACAAAAAAAAUAUUAUUCUACUUCACCUUCAAAAGUAGUAAAGAUAUUAGAGGUUGGUUGUGGCUCAGGAGACUUUGCUUUAAUUUUGAAAAACAAGUUAAAAGAUAAGGUUGAGAUAACUGCUAUUGAUCCUUCUGACAAAAUUAACUUGGCAAAGAGCAAGUCUACAGGCUCUGAUGUUCAUUUUGAGGAGAGUGAUAUCUUUACUUACAAGAUUAAAGAGAAGUUUGAUUUAGUUUUAUUUACUAAAUCUCUUCAUCACUGUAAUCCUGUAGAAAAGGCUGUUCAAAUUGCAUAUGAUUUACUAAAUCAUGAUGGUGUAUUUAUUGCCGAGGAAAUUAAACCUGAUAUGGUUAAUGAUAAUGACCUCAUUUGGUUUUUUAAUCGCUUAGAUCUUCUCCGUAUAGCUGGCCGAAUGAUUUCAGUCGAAGAAAAAUUAAAUACUGCUGGACAUUCCAAAAAAAUGCUUACUUCAAUGUUAAAUCCCAGUUUGCCGCUUGAUCAACGAUGGUUCCGCUCAAGGGGACAGAAUCAUCAUCACGAUGAAAAACCUUUACAUAGAGAUGAUCCUGAAGGAAUAGCGCACUCUCAUGACGUGCUGUCAGCUAUUUCUAACCAAUUUGGCCCAGAUAAUAUUAGUAUUACUCCUGUUCCGUAUUUUUAUCAACUCAUCUCAUUUGCUGGAUUAAAGAAUGACGAAGCGUGUCCAGCUAUAUUGAAGGAGCUUCUAAAACAAGAACAAGAUGCUAUUAACUCAUCCUUUGUUCAACCCUUAGGCGUAAACAUUGUUGCAUAUAAAAAAGAUUUUACUACAACAAGCUAGUUAUAAUAAAAUAUCAUUUAUUAUGGU